CAAAGUGACCCGUCCGAUCUGCUACCGGCCUCAUACCAUUUCUACGAACAGGUUAUCAGCGGCCGAAGACGUCGCAGGGUCGCCGACCCGUCACAGAAUGUAGCCGCCUUUUUGGACACGGAGUUAUCGCUGCAGCAACUGGAGAGCAUCGACAAGCAUCUGUGGCUGGCCGGGGCCAAAAGGCCUCCCACUCAGCUGCAUUUGCAAGUCGCCAUCGGUCGCAACAUUGUCCUUGCAGACCGUAUCGACCUGCAUCUCCUGUGGAGUGGCGAUGGCAAACUCUUUGUCAAGCCUCUUUCGCGGUUUCUCCUGAGUCCCGACUUUUGGCAAACUCAUCUCACAUGUCACGACUAUUGUUCGUGCAGCGACCGCGAACGCCUGCGGAAAGUCGCUCGCGGAUUCCUAUAUACAUAUGCCUGCCUCAUCUCUACGGAAAGCGACUUUUCCAUUGCUAUUGAGAAGCGUCUUCUGCCAAGAGAAACAGACGACUCACCCAUCAAAUGGGCACAAUGGCAGCGUUUAGUGAGAGAAAUCAUUGCUCAGCAUGGUUCAUCCAAGGUCCAUCCUCGCUUCGUCCGAGCAGAGCUUCGCUUGUCCCGCAUCAACGUCAUCCAUCGGACGAAACAGUUUCUCUUCUCUGAAGCGUAUUUUGGCGGGUGGAACAAUUACAGCAGCUUCUUCCGUGAUAAUCUCGCGUGGAUCGCUGCCAUUACUGCAUAUCUAGUCUUGAUCUUGACUGCGAUGCAGGUUGGCCUUGCGACAGAGCGGCUUCAGGCAAAUACGGCCUUUCAACAAGCAUCUUAUGCAUUUACACUGCUUGCCAUUUUGGGGCCUGUGUGCAUGGUUAGCUUGGUGGCGUUGCGUGCUUUGAUUGAGCUUAUAAAGGACUUGCGGGUGAUAUUCAGGCAGGAGAAGAAGCACGUGAAUACCUCAACGGCUUAG